UCUCUCUCUCACUCUCUCGCACUCUAAACCAUUUUUCCUUCUCUCAUACAUUUCUUGUUCUCUGUCCGUUGGAAACAAACAGUACUACUCCUUCCAAUUUCCAUUGCUUCGCUUCUCCUUCUUCUUCUUCUUCUUCUUCACAGAAUCCACAGUCACUCUUUCACACUCUCACUCUUGCACUCCACUCAUUCUUACUCUCUUAACAUGAGCAGAGGCAGCAGAGUGGGAACCAAGGACAAAAGCCACCGCCGGUUAUGAAUCCCAGCACGGACCCACCACCACCACCAAACCCGCCGCAGCCCCACCGACCCUCUACCUCCUGCGACCGCCACCCCGAAGAGAAUUUCACCGGCUUCUGCCCCUCAUGCCUCUGCGAACGACUAGCCGUUUUGCACCCUUCAACCACCUCUGCUUCUUCCUCGUCCCGAAAACCACCGACUUCCUCGACCGCCGCCGCUGCCCUUAAGGCCAUUUUCAAGCCCCCCAUUGGCGGUGGCGGGGCCUCCAGCAAAGCCCGACCCACCACCUCCUUUUUUCCUGAGCUCCGCCGCACCAAGUCGUUCUCCGCCUCCAAAAACGAAGGAUUCUCCGGCGUUUUCGAGCCGCAGAGAAAGUCCUGCGACGUUCGCGGCCGGAAUACGCUCUGGUGUCUCUUCAAUCAGGAGAACCCCAACAAGAAAGAGCAACCCACUUGGGGAGCUGCCGGGCCUGAGACUGAAGUCGAAACCAGAAACUUAGCUGGGCCCUCUUCGAGCUUUCGAGGUCCGGUGUUCGAGUCCAAAGAGGAAGAAGAAGAAGACGAAGACGAAGACGAAGAGGAAGAGGAAGAGGAAGAGGAAGAACAGAACCAGAACCAGAACGACCGAGGAAUAGGGAGGAUUUCCGACGAACUCAAUGUGGGCAAUGUCAGUGAAAUCAGAGUUCCAGAAAUCGUAGAGGAGGAAGAAGAAGACGAAAUACAACAGCACCAACUCAACCAACAACAAUCAGAGCCACUACAAUUUCAAGAGGAAGACUUGAAGCCCAUGAAGGAUCACAUAGAUCUCGACGCUCAGACGAAGAAGAGAGACCUGAAAGAGAUCGCCGGAAGCUUCUGGUCUGCCGCUUCGGUGUUCAGCAAGAAACUGCAGAAGUGGCGGCAGAAGCAGAAGCUCAAGAAGCGGCGAAACGGCGGCGGAUCGGCCACAUUGCCUGUGGAGAAGCCCAUUGGGCGACAGUUCAGAGAAACCCAGUCGGAGAUCGCUGAUUACGGCUUCGGUCGGCGCUCAUGCGACACCGAUCCCCGGUUUUCGCUUGAUGCGGGUCGGAUGUCACUCGACGCGGGUCGGAUGUCUUUCGACGACCCGAGAUACUCUUUCGACGAGCCUCGCGCUUCGUGGGACGGGUACCUAAUUGGAAGGACUUUUCCGAGAAUGCCCACCAUGCUCUCGGUGGUGGAGGAUGCUCCGGUGGUUGUUUCGAGAAUCGAUGCUCAAAUUCCGGUGGAGGAGCCGAUGAAUGCUAUUAACGAAGAGGACCCGGUUCCUGGCGGGUCGGUCCAGACCCAGAACUACUAUUCGGACUCUUCUUCCAGGCGGCGCAAGAGUCUGGACCGGUCCAACUCCAUCAGGAAGACGGCGGCGGCGGUGGUGGCUGAGAUUGACGAAAUGAAGUCGGUUUCGAAUUCCAAAGUGUCGCCCACUACUGCUGACUACUUCCAUGGGCCGAAGCUGGUGGCUCCUGAUCGAGAGUCGAGAGAUUCUAACUCGAACUCUCUCCGCGAUGACUGCUCGGAGACCUUUGAGAUGGCGUUUCGCGGCGGCGAUCCUGUGCUGCGCGGCGGUGAUUCGGUGUCUCGCGGUGGGGAUUCGGCGGCGUCGGUUGUGGGGAAUGGGGAGAGGAAAGAUUGUAAGCAGAAGUCUAGAAGGUGGAGCAAGGCCUGGAACAUUUGGAGUUUCAUACACAGGAGGAGUGGGAACAAGGAGGAUGAUGAAGAUAGGUAUAGUAGUAGGCCUAAUGGGGUAGAGAGGUCGUUUUCGGAGUCUUGGCCGGAGCUGAGAGGCGGCGGGGAGCGAAAUGGGGAAGCAAAGGGUUUCAACCCAAAGAUUACGAGGAGCAACAGCAGUGCUAGUUGGAGAAACUCACAUAGCUUUGGAGGUGGGGCUUUUGGGAGUAUGAGGAAGAAUGGUGCUGUUGUUGAGCCACAUGUGAAUGGAAAUGGCAAUGCAAAUGGGAAUGUGAAUGGGAAUGGGAAUGGAAGGAAGAAGAAGGAAGAGUUUGUGCUGGAGAGGAAUCGGAGCGCAAGGUAUUCACCGAAUCACAUUGACAAUGGACUCUUGCGGUUCUACUUGACGCCGAUGAGGAACAGCUGGAGGAGUGGAGGAGGAGCUGGGAAGAGCAGGUCGAAUCAGGCACAUUCCAUCGCCAGAAGUGUACUCCGAUUGUACUGAAAGCAAAAUUGAGGGUUGGGUUCAUAAGGGGUGUUUGUUCUUUGGUUUAGUUUAAUCUUGGUUAAUUUCGCUGCAUUUUGUUGUGUAAAACCACACAAGCCUAAAUGCACUCUUGUUGGUUGGUUGGGGAUAAGAAAAAAAAAGAAAG